AGUUUUGAAGUGUAUGUGCUGAAGUUGAUGAGAAAGCAUGAUUGUGUGAAAACUAAAAAACAUAUAAAUAAUUAAAGGAAAUUAGUUUAAAAAAAUCGAAAAGGAGGUUAAGACUGUUCGACCCAGUGUGAGACAAUGACUGAAACAUUGUCUCAGUUCUUCACCUGGGCAGUGAGAGAUGUAAUCUUCUUCAGUGGAGACGUACAGACGACCACGAUUGCUGUGGCGAUAACAAGCUCUCUCUGCUGUUCCAUUGUCGUGGCAGUGGUGCAUGUUAUUGCACUGAUCAGGCCUCCAGGGGUGAAGAAAGCUAAAUCUAGAAGAAACUUGGACAGGUCAAGGUCAAAGACUUCACUGACUUCAAAGAAAUAUUCUCCAGUAUGGCUCUCAAGUGGGAAGGUGCACGUGCCUUGUGUGAAAUGUGGUCAUUUCUAUGCUGAUGAUGGGUGCAGAUUUGUUACUUGUAAAUCCUGCUGCUUUUCCGUACUGUCCUGUCAAGUACACCAGAAGAAAUCCAUAUCAAGUACCCCCUGUGAUAAUAAAAAUACAGAAAUGGAUUUGAGCUCUAUCGGCAUGCAGGCGUGUCCAGAGAGACUAGGAUUCAUUGGUCACCAGUUGACUUGCCUGAACUUGUCAGACAACAAGUUAACUGAGCUUCCGCCCGAGAUUGGAUGUCUGCGUGGACUACAGGUGCUCUCAUUGCAACAAAACAAGCUCACAACUUUACCUGAAACUGUAGGAUCAUUGACAGAGCUUGCUUACUUUGAUAUCAGCCGUAACCAGUUCACUUCAUUCCCCGAUCAUAUACACAGUUUGGUGCAGCUAAAAGAAUUACACAUGUCUCACAAUACAAUGUCUCAAUUACCUGCCGGCAUCUCUAUGCUAGGCAAACUUCUAGUCCUUGAUAUCAGUCACAACAGCAUAGUCAGCUUGUGUGAGGAAUUGUUUUCACUCUUUCAGUUAAAGGUGCUCAAUUUAAGUUCAAACCACCUUGAGAAUAUACCUAACGAGAUAGGCAAAAUGAUCUGCCUAGAUACCCUGGAUGCGAGGUCAUGUAAUAUAACAUAUCUACCUAGUGCCAUAGGAAACUGUUCUAAUCUUAAAGUGCUCAGACUGAAUGAUAACAGGUUGAGCCGACUACCAUCUAAACUUGGCCAGCUGGGACAUCUGAAUAAACUAGAGUUGGACAAGAAUAAUCUGCAAUACCUGCCUUAUACACUAUCAUUCCUACAUGAUAAACUUAGCCUUUCAUUAAAUGAGAAUCCAUUACUUACACAUAAAGAAUUUCCAAAGUUCAAGUACAGUCCAUUGCCAGGACCAAACUUGUUUCCUAGUCUCAAAGAGUUCACCGCAAGGGAGAUCAUCAAGAAAAACAUUCCUUCUACAAAAACAUUACCAGUUGUGCUUCAAGAAAUGUUGCAGAAGUCAGGAUGUUGUUCAGCCUGUGGUGAUCCAGUCUGUGAAUUUUACUGCAGUGAAGUUAUACCAGUCAAUUUUUUAUUUGGAGGAGACUGGGUCCCUCUUUAUAAGCAGAUGUGUUCUCCACAUAGACCUCAAGGGUGUGGAUAAUACACCAGUCUAAUGAGUGUUAAAUAUAGCCUGUGAUCAUUGGUUUUGUACUGGUAUGUGAAUUCUGCAGCAUUGAAACAAGUCUUUUAAAGUGGAAGUGACUGGGUCUGGCUUAACAAGCAGAUUUUGUUACCCUUAACCUUUAGCAUGCUAGAUAAAUUGUCGUCUGCUGGAAAUGUCGUCUGCUAAAAUUGUAAAGUUCAUUCAAUUUGCUCCAAAAUUGGAAGAAAUAUUGUCAGAGUAGCAAACAGCUUGGAACCUGAUCAGACGCGUCUGA